AUGAGCAUCAAGACGGCGCGCUUCACCAUCUCCCCGCUCACCUCGGCCGACAGGGAAGCGUUCACGGCGUACCGCGCGACCGAGGACACGGCGCGCUACCAGGGCUGGGAGGCGAGCUACUCGCUGUCCGACGCCGACGAGCUGAUCGCUGGCCAGCCCGCAUCGUUCCCACCACCAGAGGACGGGUGGCUCCAGCUUGCCGUGCACGAGGGGAGCGUGCUCGUCGGCGACGUGGCCGUGCACACGACGACCCAGCCAAACACGUACGAGGUUGGGGUCACCGUCGCGCCGGAACACCAGCGACGCGGCGUCGGCAAGGAGGCGCUCGGGGCCGUCGUUGCCGCGCUCUUCGACCAGCACAAGGCGCACCGCGUGACUGCCGAAACCGACGCGCGGAACGACGCAGUCGGCGCACUCCUCAAGUCGCUCGGAUUCGUGCACGAGGGCCGCGCCCGCGAGGCAGACUUCUUCAAGGGCGAGUGGGUCAGCCUCGACUCGUGGGCCGUGCUCGCGAGUGACAGGCGAUAG